AUGAAGACAACCAAGGCUGAAAAGAUACAACAGGCAGCUAAGGCAGAAUUAGGGCUACAAAAAGGAUUUGCUCGCAAAAGAGAAGUGUUCAUCAAGAAGGCAACUGAAUUCUCCGCCACAGCUGCUGAAUAUGAGAAAAAGGAGAGAACCGGCCAAAGGAAAUAUGAUCACAUUAUGAAAAACAUUUCUCUCUUCAAGUGCAAGUUGAGAAAAAAAGCGAAACAGGAGAAUGAGGAGAGACAUCGGAGGUAUUUGAAUGCCAUGAAGCAGUUGAAAGAGACCUACUACCGAGAAAUGGAAAUUGUAUUCAAGACAGAGGCCGAAAGCGAAGAGUCCAAAGGUAAAGAAGAUGCCAAAGGCAAAGAAGUAAAGGGUGAAGAACCGGCUCAAGAUGAAAAAGAUCGAGGUGCAGAGGUCAGAGCUGCAGGCCAAAACAGCUAA